GUAUGCUGGAUCUGAUGCAGCCGGGAUCUGGCGAUCGGGGUCUCGAGUGACCUGGCACAGAGUGGCACACCUGCUCAGCCCGUGGUCCUGAGCCCGGGAGAGGCGCUUGCAAAGUUUACAGGCUCAACCCGGAGGGUGGUGCUCCCUUCUGCCAUGUGGGCUGCGCCUCUCCAGCGUCGGGUCGGGCCUAAGGGACACGCUUGACAGCCGGGAAACCUGAGUUUGGGUUCGUACUUCCUCACUGCGUUGUCUUGAAGACUGAACGAUGCCAAAGAAAGCAAAGCCCGCAGAACAUGGGGAGGAAGAGGAACCACUUCCUUGUAAGCAGGUGAAGGUGGAGGCAGCUGGUGGGCCUUCCACUUUAAACUUUGACAGUCCCAGUGGUCUCUUUCAAAGUUUAAUCUCACCCAUCAAGACAGAGACGUUUUUCCAGGAAUUUUGGGAACAGAAGCCUCUUCUCAUUCAGAGAGACGACCCUGCCCUAGCUGCAUAUUACCAGUCCCUGUUUAGGCUAACAGACCUGAAGAGUCUCUGCAGCCGGGGUAUGUACUAUGGAAGAGACGUGAAUGUCUGCCGGUGCAUCAAUGGGAAGAAGAAGGUUUUAAAUAAAGAUGGCAAAGCACACUUUCUUCAGCUGAGAAAAGAUUUUGAUCAGAAAAGGGCAACAAUUCAGUUUCACCAACCUCAGAGAUUUAAGGAUGAGCUUUGGAGGAUUCAAGAGAAGCUGGAAUGUUUCUUUGGCUCUUUGGUUGGCUCAAAUGUGUACAUAACCCCCGCAGGAUCUCAGGGUCUACCACCCCAUUAUGAUGAUGUUGAGGUUUUCAUUCUGCAGCUGGAGGGAGAGAAACACUGGCGCCUCUACCACCCGACUGUGCCCCUGGCCCGGGAGUAUAGCGUGGAGGCAGAGGACAGGAUCGGCAGGCCCGCACACGAGUUCACACUUAAGCCAGGUGACUUGUUGUACUUUCCUAGAGGGACCAUUCACCAAGCAGACACUCCUCCGGGGCUGGCCCACUCUACCCAUGUGACCAUCAGCACCUACCAGAACAGUUCGUGGGGAGAUAUCCUGUUGGACACCAUUUCAGGGCUUGUGUUUGAUACAGCAAAGGAAGAUGUGGCGCUACGGGCAGGCAUUCCCCGGCAGCUGCUCCUGGUGGAAACCAUACCUUUUGCAACAAGAAAACUAAGUGGCUUUCUGAGGACACUUGCAGACCGGCUGGAGGGUACCAAAGAACUGUUGUCAUCCGACAUGAAGAAGGACUUUAUUAUGCACAGACUGCCACCUUACUGUGUGGGAGAUGGAACAGAGCUAUCAACGCCAGGAGGAAAAUUACCGAGGCUGGACAGUAUAGUGAGACUGCAGUUUAAAGACCACAUCGUCCUCACAGUAGGACCAGAUCAGGACCAUUCUGAUGAAACUCAUGAAAAAAUGGUUUACAUCUAUCAUUCCUUAAAGAACAGAAGAGAAACACACAUGAUGGGAAAUGAAGAGGAGACAGAGUCUCAUGGACUUCGCUUUCCUUUAUCACAUAUGAAUGCACUGAAGCAAAUUUGGAACAGUUCAGCUAUUUCUGUCAAGGACCUGAAACUUCCCUCAGAUGAGGAAAAGGAAAGCCUGGUAUUAUCCCUCUGGACAGAAUGUUUAAUCCAAGUAGUCUAGUGCCACCGCAGAAUCAACUCUUCACUUUCAACAUGUGCGUACAAGACAGCAGAUAUUUAAGUGCUAAGUAGCCACUGCAGCUUUGAGUCCACAGGUGGGUAAACGGAGAACAGUUCAGCUUACUCUACAAGCAUGUCAUCUAACCUGAGACCUCCUGUGACAAGUUGUUAAGCUGUACUAGCAGGGACACACAGAAAAAGGGCAAAUCACCAAGGGGCCCAGGAAGUGACAGAACCAUACUUCUGACAAAUGUAUUUAUUCCAGUGUGGUAGAAAAGGCACAACUCUAAUAAAGUGUAUCAUUUGGAAUUAAAUGUUAA